UUAAGUAAAUUUUUCCUUUUUAACUUCCACCCGUGAAGCUCAAAGCAGAAUAAGCUCAACACCAAAUGGAUUCUCUCUCUUUUAUGUUUGUAGUUGUUAAUUCACUCUGCUUUACCGCUCAAUUCUCAAGUGCAACUGAUACUCUUACGUCAACCCAAUCUCUUGCUGAUGGCAGCACCUUGAUUUCCAAACAUGGAAGUUUUGAACUUGGUUUCUUUAGUCCUGGUAGUUCCAGGAAUCGUUACUUAGGAAUUUGGCACAAAAAUAUCCCAGUUAGAACCGUUGUUUGGGUUGCAAAUCGUCGCGCUCCAAUAUUCAACAAUUCGUCUGCUCUGCUGAUGAUAGACAACCAAGGAAAUCUUGUACUAAAGAAUGGGGGAAGCGUUGUUUGGUCAGCAAACUCAAAAAGAGAAGUCCAAACUCCACUUUUACAGCUCCUGGAUUCUGGGAAUCUUGUUUUAACUGAUGCAAGUGAUGGCCGUUCUGGAAUCUACUUAUGGCAGAGUUUUGAUUAUCCAACUGAUACGUUGCUACCAGGGAUGAAGCUCGGAGUGAACUUGAAGACAGGACUCGAUCGGCGUCUGACAUCAUGGAAAAACUGGGAUGAUCCAUCACCAGGGGACUUUGUUUGGAAGAUCCUCCUAUAUAAUAAUCCUGAGUCUACCAUGUGGAAAGGCUCGAAGUUCUACUUUCGUUCAGGCCCAUGGAACGGCAUUACAUACAGCGGUACACCGCAAUUAAAGCCUAACCAGGUUUUUAUUUUCAACUUUGUUCAUAGUGAUGACGAGGUUUAUUAUACAUACUACCCCAAGAAUAAAUCUGUAAUUUCAAGGCUUGUAAUGAACCAAACCAACUACAGGCGUGAGCGCUACAUAUGGGACGAAGCAUCACAGUCCUGGAGCCUGUUUAUGUAUCUGCCAACAGAUUACUGCGACAGUUAUGGCCUUUGUGGUGCUUAUGGAAAUUGCAUCAUUACUGACUCGCCAGUUUGCCAGUGUCUGAAAGGAUUCAAUCCUAAAUCGCCUGACCAGUGGAAUUCUGGGGAUUGGUCUCAAGGCUGUGUCCGCAAUAAGUCGUUAAAUUGCCAGGAUGGUGAUGGAUUUAUCAAAUACACAGAAUUAAAAUUGCCUGAUACUGAAUAUUCUUGGGUAAAUAAGAGUAUGAGCCUGGAGGAAUGUAGGGGAAAAUGUUUAAACAACUGACUGCUUACUCAGUCUUUGAUAUUAGAAAUGGAGGCAGUGGCUGUGCUCUUUGGUUUAACGAUUUGAUCGACAAUAGACAAAUUCCCUCUGGUGGACAGGAUCUCUA